AUGAAAACUAUUGAGCAUCCGGAAAUUCAACACCGUGAAACCUCUAACGAUCUACAACGUUCAUGUCCUCUGUGCAGCAAGAACCAUCAUAUGGAGAAAUGCGAAGAGUUUGUCCAGCUGUCGAUGGACAAAAGAGUUGAGGUGAUACGCACUCUGAGGUGUUGUCUAAAAUGUCUUGGACGCGGCCAUAAAAGUCGGGAAUGCUACAAGAAGCGAAGAUGCACUGAAAACGGCGGUAACAAAAGUCACCAAACUCUCCUGCACGGUGCUCCAAAGAUCUUCUUGACAGUACCAUCCACAAACGGGCCGGAAAAAGGUCCUUCCAUUCCCGUCGCUAGUGUUGGCACCACGAGCAUCGAAGAAUUCGACCAACAUGUGCUUCUCGCUGUCGUUCCAGUAAAAAUCUCCAAUGGUAACAAAAUAGCUACUACUUAUGCCCUUAUCGACAACGGCGCUGAAACAACUCUCAUCACGAACACGGUUGCUGAAAUUUUGGGACUUGAAGGAAGUAGCGGUUCGUUCUGCAUCGGCACAUUCCACGGUGAAGACCCAUCCAUUCCAUCAAAGAAAGUGUCGUUCAACUUAUCUUCCGAAGAUGGCGCAUCUACGUUCACCGUGAGGUCAGCUUAUGUCCUUCCAGCUAAACGUUUAUCACGGCACAAGUUCGACUGGCCACUGCUGAAGGCGAAAUGGCAACAUCUGUCUUAUUUGAAUUUGCCAUCGAUGGAUUUAUCACAAGUUGCCGUCCUUAUUGGUCGCAACGUACGCGGCGCACACACUAUCAUCGAAGAGCGGAUUGCACCAGACUCAGAUGGACCCGACGCAGUGCUCACUUCAUUUGGAUGGUGUGUUGCAGGACCUAUUCCAACAUCAAGAUCUUCCUCGGGACUUCCUCGUGUUAAUCUCAUCCAUACUGUAUCAGCUGAAUGUGAACUACGCAACAACAUUGCUCGUCUUUGGGAAGACGACAAAUCAAGUAUCACGAGUCCUUGCAAGGAAUGCCUCAGCGAUACCGAUCAGUACGCGUUAAACAUUCUGAAGUCCACGAUCCGCCAUACAGGAGAACGUUAUGAAGUUGGAUUGAAAUGGAAGAACAACGACAUUACGUUACCCAACAAUUACGCAGUCGUGAGUCGUCAAUUCCAAAUGUUAGAAGCUCGUUUUAAGCGUGAUCCAUGGUAUGCUGAAAAGUACCGCCAAGGCAUGGAAGACUACAUCUCGUCAGGAUACGCCAAACCCGUACCAGCAAGUGAAAUCGGUACACCAGGAAGUACUUGGCACAUCCCACAUCACGGCGUCAUCUCACCCCGAAAGCCCGACAAAGUACGAAUCGUGUUCAACUGUUCAGCAACGUUCAAAGGAAAAUCGUUAAACAAUUCGCUGCUCAAAGGACCGGAUCUGUUAGCAAGUCUGGUUGGUGUUUUGCUGCGUUUUAGACACUUCAAGUUUGCCGUCGCUGCCGACAUCAGAGCCAUGUAUCACCAAGGUGCCGUACCAGACCUAGACCAGGAGGCUUUGCGUUUCUUUUACCGAAAACCUGGAUCCACCGAACCUGUCCAAGUAAACAAAAUGACCCGUCACGUGUUCGGUGCUGCUUCAUCCCCCACGACGUGCAUCUUUGCCAUCCACCGUACUGCAGAAGAUUUUCAAGAAAAGUAUCCGGAUGUAGUGCACAUACUAAAAGAAAACACUUAUGUCGACAGCGUGCUACACUCUGUCGACAACGGAUUAGUUACGAGCAACCACAUUGUCCAAGUCUAA